UUCCAAUUUAUUUUGAGACCUUCAUAUAUUUUCAAUGUUAUUAACCACAUGUGCAUAUAGAUUUAUCGGUAAGGUCAUAGUUUCAAAAUUGAACUUUAGAUACAGAAUUAAAGAUGUUUUAUGGGUUUAGUUUGGUAAUUAGACAAACAAUAUUCAUUACUACAGUUUAAACGAUUAUCACUUUAAUAGUCAGGUUAUAAUCAAACAGUCAGGAUGGCCGAGUGGUCUAAGGCGCCAGACUCAAGUUCUGGUCUUCGAGAGAGGGCGUGGGUUCAAAUCCCACUUCUGACAUAUCAUUUUGGUCUAGUAACUCUUUAUUCGAUUGGUUAUUUUGUCUCAACCGAACCGAAUCAAACCGGAAAACGUCGGUUUAUCCGAAAAAUUCGAACCAAACCAACCAAAAUUGAUUUUUUUGUACGGACUCGUCGUCGUCGUCUUCGCCGACCACCGACCACUUCAUCUCCCAGAAGAAUGGCGAGGAGUAGAGAUAGCGUUAAUCUCUCACGCACCUUCAAGUAUUUACUAGCUACGCAGUUUCUUUCCAGAGGCAUCCCUUUCAUUUUCAAUUCCUGGAUCGUUAGGCGUCUCACCGAAGCAGACUAUGCGCUCUACGCGGUCCAGUUCCAUCUCUUUGUUACAUGUGUCUUGUUUCUUAGCCGGGAGGGGUUCAGGCGCGCUUGCUUGCGUGCUGACAUCAACAGUGAUGGUCUUGUAUCAGAGAAGGACGUGACCAGAUUAUUGAAAGUGGCGUGGGUGACGUUGCCACUCGGAAUAGCCGUUACCAUUGCAGCAUGCGUCUUUGUGUUAUGGUGGCAGAGCCUUAGCUACUCCGACACAUAUGCACAGGCUAUCUUGAUUCACGGGGCUGCGUGUGUACUGGAGCUUAUGGCUGAGCCUUUGUAUAUACUCUCUCAGACGUUGAUGCUUCUUAAACUGCGUCUGGUUGUUGAGACUGUUGCUACGUUUUCACGCUGUGUGACUUUGUGCUUUCUCAUAGUCAAGCAAACCAACAUGGAGAAAGGUAUAAUCUUUGCACUUUCACAAGUUGCGUACGGAGGUUCCUUAUUUCUUGGGUACUGGGCUUAUUUUCUCAUGCGUGGCGUUUUCAGAAGCUUGAAUCUCUUUCCUUUCAGACCUGGGAGCUUCAUGGAUUUCGAUAAGCAGCUCUCAAGCAUGUGUAUGCUGUUUACUUUGCAGUCCUUCCGAAAGCUGAUCCUUCAAGAAGGCGAAAAGUUGGUCCUUGUAUGGUUAGAUACGCCUUAUAACCAGGCUGUUUAUGGGAUAGUCGACAAACUAGGAAGUUUAGUAGUACGCAUGGUGUUUCUCCCUUUUGAAGAAAGUUCAUACACUACAUUUGCCAGGUUCGCAUCAGGUGAUGAUUACCAGCAAAAGAAGAAGAAACUUGGAACUUGCUUGACCGAGGCCUUGAAGCUUGUAAUGCUAAUAGGUCUUAUAUUUAUGGCAUUUGGUCCAAGCUAUUCAUACUCGCUCAUCAGAUUGUUGUAUGGUGAAAAAUGGAGUGAUGGAGAAGCUUCCUUUGCGCUACAGUUUUAUUGUCUCUACAUCAUCGUCCUGGCCAUGAAUGGAACCUCUGAAGCAUUUUUACAUGCAGUUGGAACAGAGGAUCAACUGAAGCGGUCAAACGACAUGCUGCUUGUAUUCUCACUUGUUUACAUCGUAUUAAACAUACUGCUGAUAAGAUCUGCAGGAGCAAUAGGCUUAAUCUUGGCGAAUUCCUUGAAUAUGAUUGGAAGGAUUAUCUAUUCAGGACGUUUCAUCCAGCGCUACUUCAAGGGCGAUGCUUCUUCACCAUUCUCGUUCAGAAUGAGUCUCCCUUCAGGUUGGCAAAUUCUCAUACUCUCUGGCAUAAUCACUAUCAUCUCAGAGAAAGCCAUUCUCGACCACAAGAACUUCUGGGCAACGUUUCCUCCCCAUUUCGCCAUCGGGUUCCUCUGCUUUUGUCUCUCAGCCAUUGUCAUAUACCGGCGUGAGAGAGUGUUCAUCAAUAGAAUCAUACGUUUCAGGAAUCAUGAUGACUGACAUCAUCAACCAAGAAACCAGUACUUUAAAUACUGCAAAGUGAAAGCUUUUUGUGUAUUACUGAAUAGGCGUAUAACCGCAAUGGAACCCGUUUUGUUUCUAAACGUAUUUAUAGAAACUUUCCUCUUUGUCAGUA